AUGGCCUCACUAAAAAGACUCAGGUUUCAAAUACAGAGAUAUGUGGAAAGGAGGUUUUCGACGCUGUUACUGGCUUUGAUGGCUGUUGUUUUCAUCCUAUAUUCGUUUGCAUCUAUGGGAACGAACACCGCCAAGGUCCACAAGACAGAAAAGGACUACUUCACCGAGUAUAUCCAAAGUGAGGCGAACCCACAGGGCAAGGCCAGCGGGGCCAAUGGAGCCAGUGGCUUGGAUGCAGUGAGCACGCACAAUUUCAAUGCACGUCUACUCAAACAGUAUGUCAAGGAAUUGUAUGACUUAAGGCCGGAUUAUGAACUACUAGCGCAGGAUGAAAACCAGGUCGAAUAUGUUAACAUUCCACAACAGAAUGGAAUUAUCUCUAAGAGCUACCUUGAAAACUCGGUGUCAAUUCCUCCCAAAUGGCUUGAAGAGGUUAGGGGGAAACAUUCUUUAGUCACUGGUUUAUUAAGAGAGAAAGUCAAGGAAAUCAAUAAGGAAAUGGCUGCAAAAGUCAAAUAUUCAAACAACCACCCGGAUGAAACCAUCAACAUGGACAGCAAUUUAUUGUUUAAAUCCAGGGGGAAUGGGGCAGUCAUUGUAGGAGGCCAUGCCAAUGACGAGACAUGGUUGGCUCUAAUCUCUACAAGGCUCUUUAGGAAAGCCGGAGGUACCUUGCCAAUCGAAGUCAUAAUCCCUACAAGGGAAGAUUAUAAAAAAGAUGCAGAAAUUUGUGAUAAGUACCUCCCACAGUUGAAUGCACAGUGUGUCAUUUUGGAGGAUAUCCUCGGCUUAACACCAGUUAUUAAGAAAUUCACUGAUGAAUCUGAAUCUAUUGAGGCUUAUAUUUGGAACAGAUUUAAUGAUAUCAAAAAGGAGGUUGCCAUUCUAAUGUCUAGUUUUGAUAACGUAUUAUACAUCACACCGGAAAACAUCAUGUUGAAACCAAUGGAACAUGCCGUGUUUACAAAGCAACUCUUCAAGGAUAAAGGUCUGUUUGUAUGGACCGACUUUGGGUUAAGAAAAACAUUGGUUGAUUUCUACAAAAUUGCCAAUGUUGAAAUUGGCAAGAAGAAAAAAAGCGAGUUUGGAUUACCGUUAACUCCAGAAGUUAUUGAGAAUUUAGAGAAUCUCUCCAACGAGGUACUCCAAGACAAGACUAAUUUCCAUGACUUAGAGGGAACCUUACCGUUCAAGCAAAGUGAGAGUAGUGAGAUCAUCAUUGACAAGAGGAAACACUUGAGCACAUUAUUAUUAUCAAUGUAUUAUAACUUCAAUGGCCAUGGAAUCUACCAUCCACUUCUAACAGGUGAAAAGGAAGGUUAUUGGGGAAGCAAGGAGACCAUCAUUGCAUCUGCACAUGUUUUGGGGAACCCAUACUACUCAAUUAACACCAAUGUCGACUCUAAUGGGUACAUGUAUGACGACGAGUACCAUGGGGUGUCGAUGUUGCAAUACGACCCCAUUGUCGACUCGUACUCUUACGAGGCUUACAUGAAGAAGUUCUCCAAGAAGGGAUUGAGUAAGUUGACUUGGAAGAACUACCAGAGAUGGCUAUCUGCAUCGAGUGAGAGAAGAAGCCCGCUCUUUUUGAACAUGAACAAUCCUGCCUUAAGGCCGAUCGAGUUGUUGCGGGAUGGCCACGUGAGGAAGGAGAACGGCGACCGUGUCCGUCUUGUCUCCAGCACGAGCUAUUUUGACAACAAGUUGGAGACAGACAUUUGGAGAGUCAUGAACGACUACAUGUGCUACUUGUCCAUCGACUGUGCCUAUGUGAACAAACAUUUCACUGCGUCUCAGGCCAGCGAAAAGAAGGCCUUCUGUAACCAGGACAUGAAGGAACACCUCCUCUGGGUCUCUAGCUAA